GUACGCCGACAAGAAACUGAGGUAUUAUCGGCUGAGGAAGGAACUGCUGGAGCAAGAGGAGGAGGUGACGCGGCUGCACCAGACGAAGACGAGGCACCUGCUGUUGAAGGAGCGAAUCAAGGAAGUGCAAGAGAGGGUAUCGCUGCUGAAACUGGUCAUAGACAGUACCAAAGAGGAUAUCUCACAAGUGAAAACCCAGAGUGCUGAGCUGUCCAACACUAAUGCUAUGCGGCGGCAGCAGCUCCCUCUCUUCCAGCAGAGACUGUCGAAGAUGAGGAAAAUCCUUCACCAAUACCAAGAGAAGAUUCGUGACAAGAGAGAACAACUCGCUAUUAGUGAGGCUCAGCUGAAGGGUGUUGUUCGUGGCAAUAUAAGACAGCUAACGCGAUACAUAUUUCCAAUUACAGAAGUCCAACCAGCUAGAAGCGUGGAUACUGAUCCAGAGCACCUUGAUACGGUAUCAGCAAUUGCAGAGGCAUCACAAACUACAUAUGUAAGAGGUCGCUGGGUAUAUACCGAUACUUCCCAUGAGACACAGUAUCGCAUUGUUCACCCGAUGUUACCAGGAUCUGGAGACUACUCUGCCUAUAAUCUUUUGUCUGUGGGUGCAAGUGGAGGUGAGUGUGAGGAGAGUGAUGGAGAAGAGAGAUCUGGAGGCUACAGUAUUUGUGCUGGCCUCACUUAUCUUACACAGCUUGUCAACACACUUGCAUUUUAUCUGGAUGUUACUUUACCAAAGAAGCUCUGCUACAGUGAAUUCUGCAGAAAUGAGCUGGGUGAACAGCAGUUUGCAAGACGUGUUGCAAGACUUAAUACAAACAUAAUAUAUCUGUGUUUGUCUCAAAAUGUGCCGGCUAAAUUGCUGCGACCUACACACAGUAUGCCUAACCUGUUAGCCCUUCUUGAUACGCAGAUAGCAGAUCUUGGCAGGCAAGGAAGCUUUGAGAUUGCAGAGUCCUUGUUGGAGAGCAUGGAGGAUGGCAUGGAAGAUGACAAUGCUGAGGGUUCAGAUUCUGAGGAAGAAGAAGAUACGGACACACUCUCUGCUGAGUGGGAAACUGUACCAAACCUGCCUUUAUUGGAACCACCCUUAGUGCCAACCCACCAGACUUUCUCGACAUUUAAUUCUACAGCCGUGUACUCCCAGGCAACAAUGGGUCAUGCAGGGCCUGGUAUGGGUAUGGGUACUGGAGCUGGUGGCAUUGUUUCCUCAGCAGCUGCUUCAGUUAUCUCUCUGUUCAGAGGUUUUGGUGGUGCUCAGAACAAGUGAGCAAGGCAUUGGGCUAAAGUAGCAGUUGUAAUGAGACUUGUGGUGGAUAUUCACAAUGAGGUCAUAUGGAUAAGGUAAAUGAAUUGGGCCAAGAAGUUACUGUUACUGUGGUGUCAUGGCCUUGACAGGUUGGCAUUACCAAAUCUCUACCUCAUUCAGAUAUGUGAAUGUUAUAAGAAAACAUCACUUUUACAUGUGAUUUACAGUAAAGAAAGACAGGCUUUGUGAACAAAGAGAUGCAAGCAAUAAAGUAAUUCUGUUAAUCACAAUUUCUGAAGCCUGGAAAUGUAUCAUUAAUUUUAUACACAAGAGAUAUUCUUGGAAAUGAAAAUUGGUUGAAAUUUAUCCACACAAAAUACAAAAAGGUUACUAAUUUUGUGCUUUAGAAAACUGAGGAUUUGAAAUACCUUUAUCUAUAUUUGACUUUUUUUUCCAGAGAAAUUCUAAUACAAAAAUGAUUCUUUUACAAUUUUCAACAAUUUUCCUUAUUUUAUAUUUUUUCUUCAUGUUGAGUUGUACAGACAAAAAGCAUUCUCAUUGCUCAUAAGUGUUUUCUUGCUGCAAUGUAUUUCAUUAUAGUAGUACUUUUAACAACUUGCUUGCAUUUGGCACCAUUAUCUCAGAAUACAAGAAAGAAACCUUUUUUAAAUAUCCCUAUAGAAUUUCGUACAAUUUUACAAGAGAUAGAUCCACUUUUUCAAUGAAUUAGACAUGUAAGCCAAACUUAUUUACAUAUAUUAUCAUAAAACUUUUUAUCUUUCCCAUUAAUGUCUUUCAUUUCCAUAUCUUACAAAAAUAAAUAUCAUGCAAUAUUGUAACUGGCAAUCAGCACAAAUAGUCACUUUUUCUAUUAAAGAAUGGCAUGUACUAACCAGAAAACAGGGCAUAUACAUCACAUAAAGUCUUGAGACAUGCAUUUGCAUUUAAACAUGAAGUAUGUCAUGUCCAGUUGCUAUGCAGUUCCAUUUUUAACAGCUUAUUACAUUCAACCAGAAGCUUACCAUUAUAAUUGCACCUUUACAUAAUUUGAAUGUGUAUAGUAUUGUACAUUAAUAAUGUAAUGUGAUAAAGAGGACAAUGAAAACACAACAUAGAGCUCAGACAUUGGGAUUAGUUAGCAUUCUUGCAGAGAGGUUAUCUGUCCAUUUUGAAUAAUUGUACAGUUCAUAAUAUCACCAAUGAAAUAUCCUAAAUUGUACAAAUAAUGGGAAAUUUAAGGAUUGGUGAGUACGAGAUAUUAUCUGCAAUGAUUGGUAGUCUCCAAAGGGGACAGUAUAUUUCAUUUUAAAUUGAAGGUGCAUCCUACACACCAGUGCAUAUUUAAGCUGAAAAAUAUGGAAACUAACUUUGAGUUUUUACAAGUGCUCCUGAAUAACCUCAUUUACUUUGUUUGAAAUAUAUUUAAUCAUGUGUCAUGCAUGAAAGGCUGCAACAAUUUUAGGUUUUCUUAGUGUAUAACUUCUUUUUCUGGGGAACAUAUCACUGGAUGUGACCUAUAUAUUCUGUUUAUCUAUAAACUUUAGUAAAUAUUUAAAUAGGGCAAAUUGUAAUUUUAUUAUGUAUUGAAUGAUUAUUAAAUAAUUUACAAUAAUUUCAAGUAGGCACAAAAUAAUCUUUUGAGGUAUAGUUUUCCUUGAUAAUGAGGAAAUUAUCAUGUUAUGUACACUUCUCUAUACUAAAGAAAUUAACCAUAAUUAAUGUAUCUAAAGCAUCAGAUGCCUUUGUUGAAUAGGUUCUUUUCAUAUUGUAACAUAGUUAUUAAGUAAUUUUGAAGGAAACUCGACACCUCUCAUACAGUCCUGCACAGUAUGGACAAUCUGCCAGCAUGGAUGUUUUAAUGACAUCAUCAAACUCUUAGCAUAACAUGCUAGUCACAUAGUACAGUUGGACAACUUAUCAGUUCCCAAGUUAUUUAGAUUAAUAGUUUUAAAAAUGCGUAAAUGAAAGUAUCCCCCUAUCAAGAACAAUUGAUUCCAACAACACUUCCAUGCUAUUCCUAUUAGUAUGUCUGCUCCUGUCUGUGUGAAACUUUUUAUAAUGUGCUACUGCUAGCAUAUUUACUCAUUUGAUAUCCUCAUUAUAAAUUAACCUUAAAAUUCCUAGUGACAUCAGUCUUCACUAAAUUAAAAUGUGGCCUAGACAAAACUUUGCAGACUGUAGUUUUGGCCUCCUCCUAUCCAGUGGAGAUCUGACAAAAGAAAGCAUCAGGGAGGCCAUAGUGACCAUUUGCCCCUCCCAUACAUUUACUUAGAUCAUUUUAUCCCCUCUUUUCUAUAUAAUAAUUGUUUUUUCGUCUUAAAGCCUUCUGUAAUCUCAGUACAAGA